ACACGGAGGCUGUCGGUGAGAUAAGAGGUGGGAAAAUUUGAGGGACGACAGGUGCGAAGAGGGGUGCUCGUUGCCCCGAUACUACGCUCGUCUCACUUCCACCCCCGCCCGGGUAGGGAGGGAGGGAGAGAGGGUGGUUAUCCGGUUACGGUGCGUCAGGAUCGACGAUUUUUUUCAUCCGACGUAUCUUCAGUGACGGAUUGAUUCGGUGCGGGCUCUAGAUCGUUUGAUACAAAACACAAGUGCGGCCCGUCGGUGCCUAUUUAUUUACACACGUACGCAGACACACGGAACAGUGUGCGGCGAUUACAGCAGAGCCACGCGACUCUUGGUGGUGGUGGUGUUGUUGUUGUUGUUGUUGUUCUUGUUAUUGUGCGGAUGUUUCAUCUCAUCUUUGUUAAUACGCAGUGGUGAUACGCGGCGCAAAUGGUUCGUUGAACAUCCCCGAGGUUCGAUUCGAUCAGAUGCUGACUCUUCGGGCCGGACUAUCCAUUCCGGAUUUUCAUCACCUUCUGAGCCUCGCCGUUGUCUGAUGCCGGCGCGCCUGUCACGUCAGCAGAACAGAACCGAUUACUUUUUGAUGGGGCUAAACACUGAUCUCUCCAGGAGAAGCGAGAACUACUGAGUCUACACUGGCCGAAAGUGGUAUAGUUCAGAUCACGAUGACGAUGGAUGUGAGCAAGUCGGAGACUAAUAAAAAUGGCUCCACGCAGCAGGAAUGUGCCGGGUGUGGGAAAACUAUUACGGAAAGGUAUCUACUCAAAGCCUUGGACCUGUUCUGGCAUGAAGAUUGCCUGAAAUGUGGCUGCUGCGAUUGUCGGCUGGGUGAAGUCGGCUCGACCUUAUACACGAAAGCGAACCUCAUACUCUGCAAAAGAGAUUACCUCAGGCUCUUCGGUAACACCGGGUACUGUGCAGCUUGCAGCAAGGUCAUACCGGCCUUCGAGAUGGUGAUGAGAGCCAGGGCGAAUGUGUACCAUUUGGAGUGCUUCGCGUGCCAGCAGUGCAACCAUCGAUUUUGCGUCGGGGACAGAUUUUACCUCUGCGACAAUAAAAUCCUCUGCGAAUACGACUACGAAGAGAGGCUCGUCUUCGCGAAUAUGGCUCUUCACCCUCCCGCCUCGCUCGCACACAUAAAAAGGCAGCUGCCCCCGACCCCGACACCCUCUGGACAGAACAUGCACCCCAGUCACAGUCCGAUGCAGCAUCCCCAUCAGCCGCCGGGCCCCAUGGCCCAGGCGAUUGGACACCACAAUCACAUCUCGAACGGGCAGAUAUCCGGAGGUCCACCGAACAUGAACGGGACCAUAGGCGGGCCGAGGGGACCGGGUGACAUGAACAAUAACGGUCUGUCAGGGCCAGGAAUCGGAUCGGUAAAACCUCCGCCAAUGUCGAUGCCGGCGCCGACGAGCUGAGACGAGGCUGCACCGCCGAUGAAAAAGCUAAGGUGUCUCGACGGCUAUUGAAACGAUCGUGGAUCUACCUGGAAAUCAGAGAAAUCUAUACCCAAAAAAGUGGCCCGCGACCUUACCGGCCAGAAUACAGUGUUCGAAAUUAUAAUCUGACAGACAGCAGCCCCGCAAAAAGCGAACGAUUGCAAGCUUUCGGCUCUGCAAUUUUAACGCGCGUGAAGAAAAUUACGUUUUUUUGCCCUUUGUUUUCCAACUGUAUGAGAUGUAUGAAAUAGGUGUGAACAAAAAAAAACUUUCUUUUUUUUUUGGUCGUUUGCAUUUUGUUUUUUUUUUUCCGUCUCUAAAAACUCGAUCGAUAGAUGUCAGUCGAAAAGGUGCCGGAUAAAAUUUUGUGAAGAAUAAAAACCGAUACGUGGAACACAAACAUAACGUGAUUUAUAAAUGAUGAAAGGCGAAACGAACUUCGAAUUGUUGAUUAAUUUAGAAAGGAGAGAAAACAAAUUAUUGGUAAUGAUAAUUUAAUUUUUUUUUUACGUUCGUUGUCUCGGACGAAGUGAGAAAAUA